AUGAGAAAUGCAAUUGAAUGUGGACCUCCAUGGAUUAAUCAACGAGGAUAUUUCUUUAAACAAUUAGUCAACAGUACAAUGUUUAUUGCACAACUUGGAUUUUGUUGUGUUUAUUUUGUAUUUAUGGCUGAUAAUUUAAAACAGUUCUUCGACGAGACUUCAUGUAUCCAUAUAUCCCAAGCUGGAUGGAUUGCGAUGUUGUUAGUUCCUACUUUGGGUUUAUGCACAAUCCGUCAAUUAAAAAUGUUGGCCCCAUUAGCUUUAAUUGCCAAUAUUUUUUAUCUGGCUGCAGUUGCAAUUAUUGUUGCCUAUUUGGUUACCCAUUUAAAUCCAAUAAAGGAUGCCCCAGCAGUUGGAAAUUUGACUGAAUUACCUCUCUUCUUUGGAACUGUUAUGUUUGCAUUUGAGGGGGUUGCUGUGGUUUUACCAAUUGAAAAUAAAUUAAUCAAUCCUGUUGACUUUAUUGCUGCCAAUGGUGUCUUAAACACAGCUUGCUUUAUUGUUUUGGCUGUUUAUGCUACAACUGGAUUUUAUGGAUAUUUGGCUUUUGGAAGUCAUGUUAAAGACACUGUUACUCUUAAUUUGCCAAAUGAACCUUUCUACCAAGUUAUCAAAAUAAUGCUUGUUGGUUGCAUUCUUGUUUCUUAUCCUCUUCAAUUCUAUGUCCCAAUGGAACGUGUAGAGAAAUGGGUUUCUCGUAAAAUUCCAAUUGAAUGGCAAAAUCCAAUUGUUUAUAUUUUACGUUAUUCUAUGGUUAUUCUGACAUGCCUAAUUGCUGAAUUAAUUCCUCAUUUGGGACUUUUUAUUUCACUUGUUGGAGCUUUUGCUGGAACUGCAUUAGCAUUAAUUUUUCCAGCAAUGAUUGACCUUCUCUGCAACUACAGCCAAAUGAAAUUGACAAGGGGAAUUUGGAUUAAAAAUAUUUUUUUGUUCGGGUUUGGAGUUUUGGGACUUUUAACUGGUACUUAUGCUAGUCUAACACAAAUUGCCUAUGCUUUUGGAGUUGAAGAUAAGACUUGA